AUGGGUGACGCCUCUCAUCCUGAAUCUUCGAUACUCACGAAUGACCUCGCUGGAGGCAACGAUUUUAAGCUGGGUGGAUUCUCCAUAGAUGAGUAUCGGCCCAUCAGAGUCGUCGUCAUCGGUGCAGGGUUCAGCGGAAUUAUUGCUGGAAUCAGGCAUAAAAUACCAAACAUUAACCUCACGAUAUACGACAAGAACGCAGGCAUAGGUGGAACAUGGUUCACAAACAAAUACCCUGGACUUGCAUGCGAUAUUCCGUCGCAUUGUUAUCAGCUAACCUUUGAGGUCAACACCAACUGGUCCAGCUUCUAUGCGCCCGGCCCUGAGAUUCAGGCCUACCUGCAAUCUGUUGUCGACAAAUACAAAUUGAUGCGCUAUAUAAAACUCCAGCACCGCAUUGUCCACGCACGGUAUGACGAACCUACGGGAAAGUGGCAUCUGCGUAUCCGCAGAUCUACUCCCAGCCAGCAGCCGAAUACUGAACAGGUAGACUUCGAAGAAUUCGAAGACUUUGCGGAUAUCCUCGUGACGGGCAUUGGGAGCCUGAGCAGGUGGAAAUGGCCCGACAUUGAGGGUUUGCGGCAUUUUGAAGGAUCGCUCUUUCACACAGCAGAUUUCGACGUCGGCGAGCAGACAUGGCAAGAGGCGACGCGGAAUUGGGAAGACAAAAGAGUCGGUGUCAUUGGUGUUGGCUCAAGUGCAAUCCAGAUCGUGCCUGCGCUGCAGCCACGAGUUGCUAAGAUCAUCACCUAUGUCAAAGGAAAGACGUGGAUAUCGACUCCGUUCUCUAGCAGUAAGCUCGCCGAGCUGAUGAAGCGCGACCCCGAUGCGGAAAACUGUGCCUGCUUGUCUACUUUGAUCAUUACCGAAGUCACUGAUACCAAACCAUCGAUAGAUACGUUCACUGAAGAGAACAAGAAAGCUUUCAAAGAUCCUGCUUUCUACAAGCAAUUUCGGCAUGAGCUUGAAUCGGACUUGAAUUCCGUGCACCAUGCUAUCAUGAAAGGUACUGAGCAACAACUUGCGGCCCGUACAGCGUUUACGUCGCACAUGAAGAAGAAGUUGUCCAAGAAGCCCUGGAUAGCAGAUUACCUAAUUCCUGAUUUCGGCGUCGCGUGCAGACGACUAACAGCUGGCCCGGGAUAUCUCGAAGCCCUCUGCGAAGAUAAUGUUGACUUCAUACCGGCUCAUAUCAAGCGCAUUACGCGCAAUGGAAUUGCCACUGUGGACGGGAAACACGAAGAUCUCGAUGUCAUCAUCUGCGCAACGGGAUAUGACUACACCUACCAACUUGACUUUCCCAUGAUUGGGCGCAAUGGCAUCACAAUUCAAGAGAAAUGGUCGCCUCACCCGGCCACAUAUCUCGCCGUGUGCACAGAUGGAUUCCCCAAUUGGUUUAUGGCGCUCGGGCCCAAUUCUGGUGUCGGUUCGGGCUCACUGCUGGUGGUCAUCGAACGCCAGAUCGACUACGCUGUGCAGGCGACAAAGAAGCUGCAGAGAGAACGACUGAAAAGUAUUGAGAUCAAGAGGAGGGCCGUCCAAGACUUUGACGAGUAUCUAGAACACUAUUUCCCGAACACCGUUUACAGCGAACGCUGCAGAUCAUGGUAUAAGAUGGGGAAGGAAGAUGGGCGCAAUGUCGCCCUAUGGCCUGGUCAGCGUUUGAUCUAUGCGGAUACACCACUUUUCCAACAUGGUUGGCUACAGGAUCCUGUCUUCAUGCAAUCCGCGCCUUAG